UCCGUCAAGCAUCCGCUCUGAACAAACGAAGGCUCUCCUGUUCCUUUUAUACUUGGGUGGCUGUGAAACAAAGUGACUUUCAACUAAUUUUGUUCGCCACAGUGGAUACCAUAAAAGCUCGAAUAGCUUUUUCAUACCGCUAAUUUCGAGCUCGAUCUAGCUCGCACUGGUUGACAGGAAAAACCAUGCCAACUGCCACUUCUAUAGUAUCCUGCAGUGGAAAGUGAUUUUUUUCUCUAAGUGUUUCCGUUGACACCAUUGAUUUGCACAACUGCGGAGAAACUUUUAAGGACAAGAACUGAACGUCGAAAAUGGUUGCAAUCAGCCCAUCAAUCAACAACAGCAAAAUGGCACCGAAUGCAACGGUUGAAGCGACCGGAGUGUUGAAUGAAGCCGAUGCCGAAACCAUCGAUGGAGCUCUGGCGAAAGAUAUCACCCCGUUGAAGCGAGCGGAGAAGCGCAAGAUCAAGCUGGUAUGGCGUAAUGUGAUUGCUUUCGGUUACCUGCAUCUGGCCGCCGUGUACGGCCUGUGGUUGCUGCUAACCUCGGCCAAGCUCUACACUGUCGCUUUCGCUUUCGUACUGUACGUCAUGUCCGGACUUGGCAUCACGGCUGGCGCCCAUCGACUGUGGGCCCACCGCUCGUACAAAGCUAAGCUGCCACUGCGAAUCAUUCUGGCCUUCUUCAACACGAUCGCCUUCCAGGAUUGCGCCAUGCACUGGGCCCGGGACCACCGGGUGCACCACAAAUACUCAGAAACGGAUGCCGACCCUCACAACGCAACCCGUGGCUUCUUCUUCUCGCACGUCGGUUGGCUGCUGUGUCGCAAGCACCCGGAAGUCAUCGCCAAGGGUCGCCAGCUGGACAUUUCCGAUCUGCAAGCCGACCCGGUGCUACGCUUCCAGAAAAAAUACUACAUGAUCCUGAUGCCCUUGGCCUGCUUCAUUCUGCCCACAAUCACACCGGUCUACUGCUGGGGUGAAACCUGGACCAACGCAUGGUUCGUCGCCACUCUGUUCCGCUGGACCUUUAUCCUGAACGUCACUUGGCUGGUGAACAGUGCUGCGCACAAAUGGGGCGACAAGCCGUACGACAGAGCCAUCAACCCGGCGGAGAACAAAACCGUGGCCUCGUUAGCGUUCGGCGAAGGCUGGCACAACUAUCACCACGUGUUCCCAUGGGACUACAAGACCGCUGAGCUGGGCAACUACCGGAUGAACAUGACGACCGCCUUCAUCGAUUUCUUCUCGAAGAUUGGCUGGGCGUACGACUUGAAGACGGUGUCGAGUGAGAUUAUCGAGAAGCGCGUCAAGCGAACUGGCGAUGGAUCGCACAACACCUGGGGCUGGGGUGAUGCCGAUCAGGACAAGGACGAAGUCAAGGCUGCCAAAAUCAUCAACCGUAAAGAGGAUUAAAGACAAGCGAGUUUAAGGAUGGACGAGAGCAGGAGCAAGCGAGAGAACGCGAUAGAAUGACUGUACAAACUGAGUUACUCUGGUAGUGGUUAGUUAAACUCUUUUUAUUGGCCCCCAUCAUUUACUUUGAACCGCACCAAAAAAAACGAUAGUGGAUGGUUUGUGAUAGACUAUUGAUUUCUGUAUUUUCUCCCAAUAAUGGUGGACCUUUAAACCUGCAAAAUUAAACAGUGUCUGCGACAAACGAAAAUACCCUAAUAGGGGCAAAUUGUAUCGAAGUGUCUCGAUCCAUAGGCAACAAGAGUGCGAAAAUUCAAAAUUUACAAAAAUGCCCUCUACACAUUUUUACAGCAAAAAAUUGACUAGCGAAAUAAGGGCUAAAUGAAUAGUGAAGACCGGUACCAUCAAAUGGGAUUGUAAACACAGCUUUAAAAACAUUUAAAUCGCCCCGGCACGAUACAAAAUAAUCUACUUUAGUUUUAGUUUGCGUAAUUUAUUGAUCUAAUCUAAAUAUCUAGGAGAAAAUUAGUUUUCUCGAAACAUACCUACUUUAUAAGAAAAUUGCUAGUAAACUGCGUGAAUGGCAGAGCUGUGAACAAGUAAAUGUUAUAAAAUAGAGUGAUAGAUACUCAGGAAGUGUCGCGAGUGACUAAAAGAGAUGUUGAAAACGGAGAAAUAAGAUUGUUUUUUCUUUAACUAUAACCAUUCGCCAGCUACCAAUUUUGAAGAAAGAUCCCGUUGUUAUGGCUAAGAGAGAAUGGAUUGAGACUGAUGUUAUGCUGGCGAAAAAAGUAUAGGGCAUUUUUGGUAUACUUUUGGCUGAGAAAAAACUCCACCAAUGGCAGUUGUAUGAAGGAAAUUUUAAAAGCGUUGUUCCAUGUUCUAGAUGCAGCAGGUAUUAUUUUCCACACAAAAACCAGUAAAUGUCCUCAUUUAAAUUGUAAGUCAACAAGUAAUAAGAGGAAUAAACUGAAAAGAACACAUUUGAUGGUUUGCUCCAGCAGAAAAAAGUAGCUUAAAAACAGUAAAAAUGUGCAGGCUUUCAUUUCUAAACACUGCUCUUUCGAUUUUCAGAGUGCAUAUAGCAACUUAAUAUUAAUCUAAAUACCACCUAGAAUAGUAGAAGAUUACUGUGAAACUUCUUUCCAAAGUGUCACUACCUUACUAGAUGUGUACUUGCAAACAAAAGGAUCCAGAAGAAUCCUCUAUGUUUUCCCCAGAAACUGAAUAAAAAAAAACUCAAUUUUUUGGUAAACAAAUAUUUGCUACGAUACUA